CACGCCAUGAAACUUUUUUGUCCAAAUCGUUGAAAUACAUUUUGGAACAGAAUUCUAUGAAGACUAACUUUCAAUUCUAUAAAUAAAGUUCCUCUCAAUCAAGUUCAAGUUGAAGUUCAUCCCUCCUAUCUUGCCUUUUCUCUCCUAACAAUGGAUACAUCUUCUUCUCCAUAUGCACUCAUCUUUGCAUGUUUGCUACGGGCAAUGAUGUUCGACGCCGGUACUUGCAACUUCAAUAAUCGCUGCAGCGAAAAAGAUACACAAGCUCUCUUAAACUUCAAAAAAGGAAUCAUGGAUCCAUCAGGCGUACUUUCUUCAUGGUCCACUCAACACAAUUGUUGUGAAUGGAAAGGAGUUACGUGUGACAGAAUCAACAAUAGAGUCACUCACCUCAGUCUCCCAUGUUUUACAACUACUCUAAAUUACAUUGACAAAGAAGAUAAAUCACACUGCCUCACAGGUACCUUUUCCUUUUCCCUGUUAAUGGAGUUGGAAUUUCUAAGCUACUUGAAUUUGAGAAAUAACGACUUCUUAGCUAUCCAGUUUGAUUCUGUGCAUAAUCACAAUUAUUAUUCUAACCUAUCUGUAUCUAAUCGUCCUCGGCAAUUUCUCAACUCAUCAACACUUCGUCAUCUUGAUCUGUCCUUUAACGAGAAUCUUGUCAUAAAUAGUCUUCAAUUUCUUUUUCGUAUGUCCUCCUUGGAAAAUCUUUACAUCAGUGGCGUUGAUCUUCACAUGGAAACUAACUGGCUUCAACUAGUCACUAUGCUACCAUCGCUUUCAGUGCUCCAAAUGAGUUAUUGCCAACUUAAAGAUUUGAGUCCAUCUCUUCAACAUGCUAAUUUUACUGCACUCAAAAUUCUUGAUCUAUCAGGAAAUAAAUUUCACUCAGAGUUACCUAAAUGGUUAUUCAAUCUUAGUUGUGGUGUCUCUAGUAUUUCUAUUGGUUUAUGUUCUUUAACAGGACAACUUCCUAAGGCAUUGUUAAAUCUUCGACACUUGGAAAAACUGUUUUUGCUAAACAAUGACCUCAAUGGACCAAUACCAGACUGGAUAGGAGUUGUGUCAGAGAGAAAUUUUGCCAAAAUGUCAAAAUUAAAGAGCUUGGAUAUACAGUCUUCACCACCAUUAAUCUUUGAUUUUGACUCCCACUGGAUUCCACCUUUUCAACUUGAAGCACUAAGUCUCUCAUUUUCAGGUCCUCACCUCCCUGCAUGGUUAUAUACUCAAAGAUCUAUUCAGAGUUUAUCUAUUUAUGGAUCAUGGUUUCAGGCCCCAGACAAAUUUUGGAAUUUUGUAUCAAGGGUGCCCGAACUCACUUUAGAAGAUAAUUCGAUAGUUGGGAACCUAUCAAACAUAUUGUUAAACUCUACAGUCAUACGUUUGUCAUCAAAUAGGUUGAAAGGUUCCCUGCCUCGAUUAUCCCCGAAUGCAGCUGUUGUCAGUUUAUCAAACAACUCAUUAUCAGGAAGUAUCUCUCCACUCUUGUGUGAUCAUAAGAUGCUGAAUGGGAAAAGCAAUUUGGUGUACUUGGAUAUAUCUCUGAAUCAUUUAUCUGGAGGUCUUACAAAUUGCUGGGAGAAAUGGAAAUCACUGAUUCAUGUUAAUUUAGGAGGCAAUAAUUUAACAGGCAAAAUACCCCCAUCAAUGGGUCUGUUAUCUAAUCUUACCUCGCUACAUCUGCAUGAGAAUAAGCUCUACGGAGAGAUUCCUCCAUCGCUACAAAAUUGCCACAUACUGAUCUUCAACGUUCGUGGAAACAACUUCACAGGAAAUAUACCAAAUUGGAUACCGCAUGCUGCAAAGGUUCUCGAAUUCAGAUCCAAUCAUUUUAGCGGUAGCAUCCCAGCACAAAUAUGCCAAAUGUCUUCCCUCUUUAUUUUGGAUAUUGCAGAUAACACAAUCUCAGGACACAUACCCACCUGCCUAUGUAAUAUCACAGCCUUAAACAAUGUUUCCCACAGGGAGUUUUCUUCAACAACCCUACAAUACAAUUUCUUAAAUAGAACUUUUUACUUCUUUGAAGAAAGUCUUGAGCUGGUCACAAAAGGCCUGGUAUUAGAAUAUGAGAAUAACCUGCCCUUUAUGAACUUAAUUGACAUGUCAAGUAACAAUUUAUCUGGAACAAUUCCUCUCCAAAUGUUUAGCCUCAUUGGAUUGGCUUCUUUGAACUUGUCCCACAAUAAAUUAACAGGAAAAUUACCCGAUGAGAUUGGCAACAUGAAAAAUUUGGAAUCCCUUGAUUUUUCUGUGAAUCAGUUUUCGGGUGAAAUUCCUGAGGCCUUGUCCAAAGUGUCCUUUCUCGGAUUCUUAAACCUAUCAUUCAACAAUUUCACUGGCAAAAUCCCAUCUGGCACACAACUUCAAGGGUUUGAUGCAAUCAGCUAUAUUGGCAAUUCUGAUCUUUGUGGACCUCCACUUACAAAAAUAUGCUUCAAGUCCUCAGAUGAUAAAUCUAAAGACACAAAGCCAAUAGAUGAAGAUGGAGAUAAAUCUGAAUUUUUUCCAUGGUUUCAUAUUGGACUAGAAUCUGGAUUUGUGGCAGGCUUUUUGGGAGUUUUCUGUUCCAUUCUCUUAAAUAGAAAAUGGAGAGAAGCUUAGUUCAAGUAGUCUCUUUAUGACUUAAGAGACCGACUUUGUGUCAUGUUGUCAACAAUAUAAAUCCCUUCUGCUAAACAUGGCCAUGAGGUAAGUAAAACCUUUCGGUUGAGAUUUCAUUUGAUUUCUAGAGGAUGUGUGAUCGUGUUUGUAUUAUAGUAUAUUUUCAUGCUGAGUCUUUUCUUUUUAUGAGAUUUACAAGAAUUACAAGCCGUUGCUGUCAGAAUAUAUAAGAACAAUAAUGCUUUUAUUUUAUUAUUAUCUAACAUCUUCUGGUGUUUCUCAUUUUUAUAAGGGAAUAAUUCAUCAACUGCAGGGGAUAAUAAGAGCUAAUGCGAUGCAGUUUUGUUAAUGUCUAUAGCAUUGAAAUACGAAAUAUACAGU